UGCUAGACACAGAUGAAGUACAAAAGGCACAUGCAACUAGCACAAAAAAAGCUUCAUCUUCUGAACUCUGAAGCUCUUUUUAUAGUCAUCUCAUAUAUCUGCAUCCACUUUUGAAUAUGUGCAAAGUUUGGUACACUUUAGAACAAUCCUCCUAGGUUCUCCUCACUGAUUCAUGGCCUCCACUGUGGAAAUGCAGCCAUCUUAUAGUUCCAAGAAGCAAGAUGAUGAUGAUUCAGAUUUCAAUUUCACAGAAUGGGGAGCAAAAGCUAGAAUCAGUAGAGAGAACAGCAAGUCCAGAAGGUACUCAGCAUCAUAUAUAAGAACCUUUAGAGAAGACACAAGAUCUUUUAGAUCAAACAUAACCAUUUCUAGCACUGCUUCUUCACCUGGAUACCCUUUCAAAGUUUUUCUCACAGAUGAAAUAGACCCUUCAACCUACUCUUUCACCACUGCUCUAAAAGCAUUGCAAGCAAGAUCAGCCUAUAAAAGUUGGGAGUGCCUAUCUCCAGAAGGUUUUGCCUUGAAUUCAAAGUGGAAUGAAGCAGAAAAAUACAUAUGCAACCCCUUUUCAGGGGAGGUACCAAUGGAAUGUUUAUCUGCCAAAACUCUCAGUGGAAGAUCAUUCAGAAACUCAGCAACAAACAGAAUCACCAUGUCUGCUCCACUGGUCUAUUCCUCAAGACACAUGCAAACAAAGCCAUCAUCAACUUUCAACAAUUGCAUACAAGAAGAACUAGCUCUUCAAUUUCACAUUCCAGAAAAGGGAAAAGAAGGAAUGACAAGAGAUGCAGGUACUCAAAGUACACCAUAUCUCAGUUCAACCAACCCCAUCACUGAUAUUACUCCAUCCAUCAUACAGAGACCGAUAAAGUUAUCUCAAAACUCACUAAAUUCAAAUACCAAAACUGUUACUGAGGAACAGAUGGAAGAGAAGAAGGAUAAAGAGGAAAAAUGGGACACAACAAAGGAAAGAGUGAGAGAAGUGAAUGAGAAUGUGAAGAAAGAUGAAGAAGACAAAGUUUGCCAGCAAAGUCGAGGCUGCUUUUCAUGGUUAAGGAAGAAAACUCAGAGAGAGAAAGAUAACAUGUUUUUCACUCACUUCAAACUUUGCUAGAGAAAGAUAGAAAAAAAGAAGAAGAUAAACUAUUACUACAGUUAUAAAAUGGAGAGAGAUGUAUAGAUGCAUGAUGUUCUUCUUUUCGAAAUUUCUGUCUCAUUUAAUCUCUUGAUCAAUUUUGCAGUCUUUAUUAAAAAUGUCAUUUUCUUUUCUUUCGUUUAA